GACUGGUUAAAAAGCGCUUCAGCCGCUGUUGUGUCAUGAGACGGGUGAAGCGCUGUCAGUGCAACAGAGGGAAGGACGCAACACAGUGACAGUGUGUCUAUUCGCAACUCCGUCCUCACUGAAUCUUUGCAGACUUGUGAAAACUGGGACUCUGCGCGGUCGAGAAGGAACUUUAGAAAAGCAACUAGCCAACAUUUUUUUUUUUUUUUUUUAGGUUUGCGUUCAUUGAUUCAAUUAUUGUCCGCUUUCUCUUUCAGUCUUGGGAUAAUUUAUUGAAGAAAAAUAAGUCUAAUAGACCUCUAUUCUAUUUAGGGCGUUUUGAAUUGACAGUAUUCAGACUGUUUGUUUCAUAAACAACACUGGCAAUAUUAGUUUAAUUCGUGUACAAGUCAGAUCGGUAGAUGGCCUAUUUAUCACAACUUUGGCUGCUAUAACUGACUUGUCAUUCAAACCACCCUAGGCUAAAGAAAAACUGUGCGUGCGCAUUCUAUACAAUUGUAUCUCCGUUUUUAAUUUAAUUAUCUUGCUCAUUGCCAUCGAAUUCAAGAUGAUGAAUGCUAUGGUCAUUCUUGCAGAGUUCUUCGUGGUCAUCUUGAAAGUGCUCUGGGCUUUUGUUACCGCCGGGUCGAAAUGGGUGGUGCGGCCGAAGGAGAAGAGUGUAGCGGGACAGGUGUGUGUUAUCACCGGGGCUGGUAGCGGUCUGGGGCGGCUGUUCGCUAAGGAGUUCGCUCGGAGACGGGCAGUAUUGGUGCUGUGGGACAUCAACAGCAAAAGCAACGAGGAGACGGCGGAGUUGGUACGGGAAAUCUACCGGGAGCUGGACAGUGAAACCCCGAUGUCCAAAGAUGGAGCAGUUGGAGGACCAGAAGAGGUUCUUCCCUUCCAGCCGCAGGUGUACACGUAUGUGUGUGACGUGGGCAAGCGGGAGAGUGUGUACUCCACGGCGGAGAAGGUGCGUCGGGAGGUGGGCAACGUGGACAUGUUGAUAAACAACGCCGGCGUGGUCUCCGGUCACCAUCUCCUGGAGUGUCCUGACGAGCUGAUCGAACGCACCAUGCUGGUCAACUGCCACGCACACUUCUGGACCACCAAGGCAUUCCUUCCCAAGAUGUUGGAGCUGAACCACGGCCACAUUGUGACGGUUGCCAGCUCUCUGGGGCUAUUCAGCACAGCUGGCGUGGAGGAUUACUGCGCCAGUAAGUUUGGGGCCAUCGGCUUCCACGAGUCGCUGAGCCACGAGAUCAAGGCUUCUGAUAAGGACGGCAUUAAGAUGACGCUGGUGUGUCCCUACCUGGUGGAUACAGGCAUGUUCAAAGGCUGCAGGAUAAGGAAAGAGAUUGAGCCCUUCCUGCCUCCCCUGAAGCCAGAGUUCUGUGUGACACAGUCUAUGAGGGCCAUUCUCACCGAUCAGGCUAUGAUCUGCACGCCACGCAUCGUAUACAUGGUCAACAUCAUGAAAAGCAUCCUGCCCUUCGAGGCCAUCGUGUGUAUGUACCGGUUCCUGGGUGCUGAUAAGUGCAUGUACCCCUUCCUAGCCCAGAGGAAGGAGCUGAUGAACAACAACGAGGCCAAGGAGGACAUCUAGGGGGCGCUGUCGGCACCGGGAGGGCACAUGACCACAGGGUGCAUGGAUGAAGAAAACUAAAAGACUGAAUCUAGACUGGUGCACUUGCAUUAGGCAGAUACAAAUGCUGACCAUAUUGUUCCUCUGGGACGAUGACAGCUGUGUUCUACACAAAGGAUUUCUUUCUUUAUGAAUUUGUUUUCUUUCUAAGGUUUGUUUUAAAGAAACCAACCAUCUAUA